CGAUUAAGGCUCACCAAAGACCAAUCAGAAAAUUUAAUUUUUUUUUUUGGUUUAAUUCUUUAAAUAUUUAGACCAAAAUCACCAACGGUGACAGCAUUAUUGACUGGUUGUUCAGAGAGACUUCACAAAUCCUUUGAUUGAUUGAUUGAUUGAUUUGACAGUGAAGAUUUCUAUUCUUACGCUUGCUCUUCACAUCUCCCAAAUCUCCAGAUUGGAGCAACGAAUAUGAUUCAACCCUAAUUUCAAGCAAAAGCCCCUCUUUUUACAAGUCUCGGAGAUUACAUACAGUCUUCACUCCAACAAACAAAAGAAGAAGCCCAAACCAAAAUGGCUAACGAUCGACGCGCUUCUUCUGUCAAUCCGACGACGGAGCAAGACAAUGCUAUGUUUCUUGAUAUACUGCAUGAAGCUCCUCUAUUCGGUCAUCGAGAAUCGAGAAGUCUCGUUGGAAGCUGCAUUUAUCUUAUCAUAUUGGCAGGUUAUGCUAUUUUAGCAGCAGGGGCACCAUGGAUACUUCAGUCUGUAGAGUAUCUUAUCCCAUCGCUGCUUUGCAGCUGCAAUGUUGCUCUCUUGAUGUUAACAGGUAUGUUUCAGCAAUAUUUUGUCAAUCAGGUCCAGAAAAUACGCUUGCAGGGUUAUUACAGUUUCAGUCAGAAAUUGAAACAUGUAGUUCGUCUGCCAUUUGCAAUCAUGGCCUAUGGGACUGCAUCUAUGCUACUUUUCAUGGUGUGGAGACCAUAUGUCAGUGUUCUUCCCAUUUUUACUGUGCAAAGGUUCAUCAUGUCUGUUGAAGCAAUUUCUGCGGCUUCUUUUAUGAUUGUAUUUGUUGGUUACGUUCGCCAGUAUAACUCAGUGAACUCUCAGCCCGAUGUCUUAAAUUCAUUAUAUUCUCCUCUUCAACCAGCUACUUUGGAAGGAUUGAGAUACCAUGAAGCCGGUCGCCUUUCUGAUCAGCAAAUGGCUCUACUGCAAUAUCAGCGUGAGAAUCUCCAUUAUCUCAGUGAAGAGAUUCUGCGUUUGCAGGAGUCCUUAAGCAAAUAUGAAACCAAUGGUAGUGGCACGCCUCAGGUUGAUUUGGCGCAUCUUGUGGCCACUCGUGAUCAGGAAUUGCGAACACUUUCUGCUGAGGUGGAUCAACUCCAUUCAGAGCUUAAUCUCGCUCGAUCUCUGAUCUCUGAGAGAGAUAGAGAGAUACAGCACGUCCGGAAUACCAAUAAUCAGUAUGUUGCAGAAAAUGAAAGGUUAAGAGCUAUUCUUGGAGAAUGGAGUAUGCGCGCUGCAAAGCUUGAACGAGCUCUGGAGGUGGAGAGAAUAUCAAAUCUCGAACUGCGGAAGAAAGUUUCGGCUCUCAGAGACCAGAGGCAAGUGGCAUGAAGCAUAAACAUUCACCUAACAAUAUAUGUAACUCAUAUGGCUUGUAGAAAACUAUCUUGACACUAUUUUGUAACAUCUUCAUAUAUUUGAUUAGAAUGAAACUCUUUUUUAUUUUAUAAAUGGAAUAAGCUAUUAAGCUUUUAUGAUGUAAUGAUUUUCCAAUUAAUUUGAACUCUUGCUAUGUAAUGAAUUCAUAUGAUUAAUUUAGUCAUAUAAUUAUUGUAAA